AAUCCAAGAAAGAGUUACUUGGUUCAGUUGGGAAAAAUAAAAACACAAUGCUCGCUCAUUGACUUGUUCUGUCUCUCAAUUUUAACUCAAUGAAUCAGUAUCCUUCCGAGCAGAUCUUCUUCGAUCUUCUGUCGGCGCUAUUUCGCAUCCUUCAGGCACAUUCUCUAGAAGCAUAACAUCGACUCAGUUUUAACCUUUGAUCCCUCCCAACAGCGUUUUGAAGCUUAAACAGGUUCUUAUGCGCCUUUGGGAACCAUGAUUGAAGUAAAGCGACCUGGUUCUUCCACAAGGAUCACCACAACACUCCUUGACUCCUUGAUGAUUCUCUUCAGAAACAAACACAUCUUACUCCCAAUCUUCGCCUUCAUAGCCAUCCCUCUCUCGGCCUUGCAUCUCUCCUUAACUCUCACCUCCUUUCGUCUCAAAAACCAUGUCUUCCGCUUAGAAGCCCUAGCCAACGUUGUCCACACACGGUUCGAAGCUAGACAGAUCUGGGAAGAGUCUAGACAAGACGCUGUCUCUCUUCUACGUCUCAAGUCCCGGUACUUCGUCCCAUCCUUCAUCCUCUCCUGUAUCGUCUCCAUAGCCGUCAUCACAUCAACUUCCUUCUCGCACCAGGGCCUGAACCCAUCUCUGAAGUCGUCAUUUGCUUCGGUGAAGUCCUCGUGGAUGAGAGUAACAGCGACUUCCAUCGUUGUCUACGGUCUGCUCUUCCUCUAUUCACCGGUUCCCAUGUUUCUAUCUGCUCUCUUCGGUUACACACCCACACUGCGUCACCUCAUCACAUUUCUCAGUUUAGGUAUUGAGGUAUACAUUAUGGCUAUAACAGGGCUUGGGCUUGUGGUCUCUGUGGUAGAAGAAAGGUACGGUUUUGACGCGGUUAAGGAAGGAACGGGGUUGAUGAAAGGGAGGAGGAUAACGGGGUUGGCUCUGGCGGGUGUGUUUGUGUUUUUAUCGAGUUGGAUUGGUCAUGGGAUGGAGAAGCUGGCGAAGGAGCUAGAUGUAGACUCGAGCUCAGGGUCGUGGUGGAGGUCUGUGGUUGUGUCCGGUGGGUGGGAUGGGUGGAAACUGGUGUGUAUGUAUGGGGCUGAGGUGGUGCUGAGUUAUGUUGUAGUCACUGUUUUUUACUGCGAGUGUAGGAAACGUCAUGGGAACAGUGAUCCAGAUGUUGCUGAUGAAGAAGGUCUUGCUAUUUAAUUUUAGUUGCAACACUUUUCUUCUUCUUGUUAAUUCUCUUGUGAAUUUGUGAUAUACAUUUUUGUUUGCCCAAUUCUGAUUUAUUCA